AACUCCGGAGAUCUAGUUAUCAUUCCCGCGGAUUUCAACGUUACAACCACUCGUUUUCUUUCACUUUUCGUCAUCAUCUUCUUCCCACACUUAUUGCAGCAAUAGAAACACAAAAAAACCAUUCUUUCUUUUCUUUCACUUCAAAAAUGGCACACCAACUCUCACUGCAUUUCAAUCAUCACACUCUCCACCUCGUUAACCGCAAACGCAACCUCAUUUCCCAUUCAAACCGCCACUUACCUCUUCAUUCCCUUCUCAACAACACCACCACUGCUAUCCAUUCCACAAACCAACGCAUUAUUUCAUCCUCGAGCCGGAACCGUCGCUUCGGGUUCCUAACACCUCGCGUACUUCAAAAUCAAGAAGUCGCAAACGAAUCCGAACACCAAGAACAAAUCAGCCAGGUUUCUUCUAAAGAAGAAGAAGAAGUGAAGGAACUACUGGUUGAGCAAAGUAUAUGGAUUCAGAUGAAGGAAAUUGUAUUGUUUACUGGACCUGCUAUUGGUCUUUGGUUAUGUGGACCGUUGAUGAGUCUCAUUGAUACCGCUGUUGUUGGUCAAGGAAGUUCAAUUGAACUUGCUGCUUUAGGUCCUGCUACUGUUUUUUGCGAUUAUUUGGGCUACUUGUUUAUGUUUUUGUCGAUUGCUACUUCGAAUAUGGUUGCUACUGCACUUGCUAAACAGGAUAGGGAGGAAGUGCAGCAUCACAUAUCUGUCUUGCUUUUCAUUGGAUUAGUAUGUGGCUUGGUGAUGCUACUGUUCACAAUGUUAUUUGGUGCAACAACGCUCGCAGCUUUUACUGGACCGGCAAAUGUACAUUUAGUACCUGCAGCUAAUACUUAUGUCCAGAUUCGAGGAUUGGCAUGGCCUUCUUUACUUGUUGGAUUGGUUGCUCAGAGUGCAAGUCUUGGUAUGAAAGACUCUUGGGGACCCCUGAAGGCUUUGGCUGUUGCUAGUAUUAUAAAUGGAAUUGGUGACAUCAUUCUGUGCAGAUAUUUAGGCUAUGGGAUUGCUGGGGCUGCUUGGGCUACAUUGGCAUCACAAGUUGUUGCUUCAUAUAUGAUGAGCCAAACUCUAAUCAAGAAGGGAUACAAGGCAUUUUCCUUCUCCAUUCCUUCGGGGAAGGAAUUUCUGUCAAUAUUUAGUCUUGCAGCUCCUGUAUUUGUCUCAUUGGUGUUAAAGAUGGCUUUCUAUGCUCUACUUGUAUAUUUUGCUACAUCAAUGGGUACACAUACAACGGCUGCUCAUCAAGUCAUGGUUCAGAUCUUUACGUUGUGCACAGUAUGUGGUGAACCUAUCUCCCAAACUGCUCAAUCAUUUAUGCCUGAGUUGAUGUACGGAGUAAAUCGGAGUUUGGUAAAGGCUAGGUCGCUUCUAAGGUCUCUUUUAACUAUUGGAGCUAUACUUGGGCUGCUUUUUGGGAUAGUUGGAACAUUUGUUCCUUGGUUAUUCCCCUACACGUUUACACCUGAUCAGAUGGUCAUCCAGGAGAUGCAUAGGAUCCUGAUUCCGUACUUUUUAGCACUAGUGGUGACACCUGCAACUAUCGGCCUGGAGGGAACAUUGCUGGCUGGACGGGAUCUAAGAUUUGUAAGUUUGUCAACAAGUGGAUGCUUUUGUUCAAGUGCUCUUGUACUAUUGAUCUUAUGUAGUAGAUAUGGUCUGCAAGGCUGUUGGUUUUCCCUUGUUGGAUUUCAAUGGGCUCGGUUUUUAACGGCCCUUCUGCGCCUUCUAUCUCCCAGUGGCAUUUUAUACUCAGAAGAUGUAGGCUGGUAUGAGGAGCAAAAGUUGAAGACUGUAUAGUUUUGGAGCUCCAUUUUAAUAUUAGUUCAGGGAAAAAAAUACACAAAUAGAAGCAUGUUGUCUGUUGUUUGCAAAUCUAUUAGAAUGUGUUACAAAAUAGGCAUUCAUUUCAAAUUACUACCACCUGCAUUUACAAAUACAUUUAUUCAAUGUAGACACAAUUCAGGGCAGAGAAGUUACUGGUCCUGACUUGUAUUGGAAGCCAAGUAGGGAAAUAUGGGAUGUGAUAUGGGGAAUUGAACCCACCACCCUGAACAGUGAACAUAUCACCAUUGUAGUAAUAGAUUUUUUUAGUUUAAAAAUUGUUACAAAAGUUAA